AUGCUUAGUGCUGAUGCCUCCUUCAGCUCCAGGCAGGAGCUCCUUGACCUUCAUGGCCUCUCUUUGACCAGAGGUCCCUCUCUGGACACACCCAGCCCUGUGGACUCUCAUCUCACAGACUCAGGACCCAGAAGCGCUGAAACUCCCGUUCAACAAUGCAUUUUCACUGGAGCUUCCACCUUUCCAGAACAGAUUUAUGGGAAGCAAGCGACUCCUUGCACAGAGUCACAGAUUAGAUCAACUCAAACACCCACAGAGUCGGUUCAACUUUGUGGCUGGGGGGCUCUGACACCCAAAGCUAUCCAAGUCUUCAACACUCCACGCUGGGUGUUGUUUUUUCUGUGUGUGGCCUCUUUCCUCCAAGGGAUGAUCAUAAAUGGCUUGAUCAACACAGUGGUGACAACUAUUGAGAGGCGCUUCGACCUGCGAAGCUACCAAGCGGGUCUCAUCGCCAGCUCCUAUGAUAUAGCAGCAUGCGUUUGUUUAACCUUUGUCAGCUACUUCGGGGGAACGGGCCACAAGCCUCACUGGCUUGGUUGGGGGGUGCUUCUCAUGGCAUUGGGUUCUCUGGUCUUCGCCCUGCCUCACUUCACCACGCCACCAUACCAGGUCAAUCUUCCUGAACAAACUGGAAUAUGCUCUGCCAACCGGACCAGCUCGUGCCAGAACCAAGAAGCUGGGGGAUUGUCCAACUAUCGAUUUGUAUUCAUGCUAGGACAAUUUCUCCAUGGUGUCGGGGCCACGCCUCUUUACACCUUGGGAGUCACGUAUCUGGACGAGAAUGUUAAGUCAAGCUACGGGCCUGUUUACACGGGAAUCUUUUAUACUGCAGCCAUUGUGGGUCCAGCAGCAGGUUAUCUGCUCGGGGGUUACUUCCUCAACAUUUACACUGAAAUCAACCUCAAGACAAGAAUGACUCCAGAGAACCCUUUGUGGGUUGGUGCUUGGUGGAUUGGCUUCCUUGUCGGAGGAGCAGCAGCAUUGUUGGUGGCCUUCCCCAUCCUGGGGUACCCAAGACAGCUGCCAGGUUCCCAGGAGCAUAAGGCCAUGCGUGUGUCUGAAGCCCACCAGCUUAAAGAUGGCAGUCAUACCACAGCUUCUGACCCUCAGUUUGGCAAAUCUGUGAAGGACAUGCCAAAAUCAGUACUACUUCUCCUAAAGAAUCCCACCUUCUUGUUUCUGUGCUUGGCUGGUGCUACAGAAGCCACCCUCAUUGCUGGCAUGUCUACAUUUGGUCCAAAAUUCUUGGAGUCUCAAUUCAGUUUCAGUGCAUCUGAAGCUGCCACAUGGUUUGGCUUCAUGGUGGUCCCCGCAGGAGGCGGGGGCACCUUCCUGGGGGGCUAUAUCGUUAAGAAACUGAACCUCCGCUGCCGAGGCAUCAUUCGUUUCUGCAUGAUCUGCGCCAUAGUCAGUCUGAUCGCCAUCUUCAUCUUUCUCUUCCACUGCCCCAAUCCACCCAUGGCCGGCAUCACUGCUCCUUAUCAGUCUGCUCUCAAGAGCCCGAUGGACCAGUUCAAACAGCUUUAUGACCAACCCAAUCGUCUGGGUCCAGGAAACAGCUCUUCUGUACCAGAGCGCUUAAUAGUGGGCUGUAAUGCAGGUUGUGGCUGUGUCCAGGAGCUAUACAACCCAGUGUGUGGUUCUGAUAACAUCAUGUAUUAUUCCCCCUGUCAUGCUGGUUGCACCUCCAUCAACCACACAGAAAACGCUACAGGCAAAAAGGUUUACUCUGAGUGCAGCUGUGUGGAUGUAAAGAACGUCUCCUUGGACCAGAAUGGAAUUGCUACAGCAGGAAAGUGUAGUAGCACCUGUCACCAUAUGCCAGCCUUCCUAUCAUUCCUCUUCAUCCUCAUCCUCUUCACCUUCCUCUGUAGCAUCCCGGCGCUCACUGCCACACUCAGGUGCGUGCCAGACAGUCAGAGAUCCUUUGGACUUGGCAUCCAGUGGAUUGUGGUGCGCACAUUAGGUGGUAUCCCUGGACCCAUUGCAUUUGGAUCCAUGAUUGACAUUUCCUGCUUGCUGUGGCAGGAUCAGUGUGGGGAGCAGGGCUCCUGCUACCUCUAUCAAAACUCUGCCAUGAGCCAAUACACACUCCUUGCUGGGGUCAUAUAUAAGUUUUUGGGGGUAAUCUUCUUCAUGCUGGCCAGCAUCCUGUACCAGCCUCCUUCAGAGUCGCCUCAAAGCAGCCAUGGGAGCAGUGACCACGAAACCUGUGACAAGAGCGACUUUCCCGUCGACCUGGCUACAGACGUUGUUAUCGUCAACCCGCAUGCCAGGUUUUGA